GUUGUCACUUGUCAAUAUCUCUAAUAAUAAUGAUACAGCUAGUUUCUUCCAUUCGGUGUUACAUGUUCCCUAAUCUGGGAAACAACAAAUUAUAGAAUAGACGUGUACUUUCGACUUUUUCAUACUCCCAAAUUAAUAAAAACCUUUUAAAAUUUAGGAAAGUUUUACUGUAAAAAAACCAUAUUCGUAAUCUCAACAUUUCUUCUUAGUUACGAACCCGAUUUCUUUCUUCUUCUUCUCGAUCUCUCUCUCGACGUCUCGAUCAUUUCCUCGCCAGGAAGCUUCUUUGAUCUGAAUCGUGUGGUUUCGUUUCUUAAUUUAUUUUAAAAUUUUAAGCGGUUGCGAUUCUCUUUGGACGGUCCUGAAAGAUGGAAACAGAAACGGAACACCAUCGAACUGUCUCUGUCGACGACAACGACAGCCUCUUACCAGAGCCUAGCUCUACGAAAGAAAGCCUUCUCGAAGAUAUCUCGCUUAGUGGCCAAGUUUUGAACCCAGAACUAGCGAGUGCAGGCGAAGUUCUGACAAAAGUUGAAUUGGAUUUUGCUUUUAUCUCCGAGAAGUUGGUGAAUCUUUGUCUUCUUACUAUGCAACUCGGCUCCAGGGAAAACGACUUUGAGUCCUUUGUUUCUGAGAAAGAAGAAGGAGAAGAACCUUCGAAUAACGAUGAUGAUGAUGAUUCGGCUGAGAAGGCGUUGGAGUUUGACCUCUUGUCUUCAAUCCUCAGUUCAGAGGUUAAAGAAGUUGAGUCUCUUCUUGGUUUUCUCCAGAACGAAAUCCAAAGUGCCCGUGUCAUGAUAUCUCCGUUUCAACAAGAUGGAGAAGGUAUCUCUGAUUUGGAAGGAAAGUUACAUGAUGCUGAGCAAUCUUUGGGACAGUUAAGAGACCAAGUGGUGGAAAUGAAGAAGCAAUCUUCUAACUUUCACAAGUUAUCUUCUGGUUUGGAUGAACUUGGAAGCUGGUCCCAAGGUCGUGCUGCAGAAUCUCAAAACGAUGGUGAGUUUGGUGAUCUGAGCUCUAAGAUCAAUAUGCAGACUGCUGAUCAGCAGAGGAACGUUUUGAGGAUGCUUGAGAAAUCUUUGGCCAAGGAGAUGGAACUUGAGAAGAAACUAAGUGAGUCGAGAAACACUGAGUACGAACUAGGGAUGAAACUGUAUUCUUCCGAACAGGAUGUUGUCUACAUGGAAGAAGUAAUCGAGGAUGCGUAUUCCAGGUGUCUUGAGGCAGAGAAUGCAUCUGAAGUCUUUAAAGGAAUGUCAAAGGAGAUGUCUGGAAAACUCCAGAUUCUUCAGUUUAAUCUAAGCGGCUCUUUCAAGCGAGAAGACAACUUGAAGACUGAGCUCAAGGAACGUCUAGAAGCUGAGGAAUGUGCCUUGCACAAGCUUGAUAGCAGCAAUGCAAGACUUCAUGACUUUCUUAUGGCACAAACAGAAGGCUUAAAAGAGAGUUUGAAAGAAGCUGAAGAUAAAUUGAUUCUGUUGAACACUGAGAACUCCACAUUAAGUGAAAAAGUUAGCUCUCUUGAGGAACAACUGAAUGAAUAUGAGCUUCAAACAAAAGAUGUGGAUGCUACUUCUGCUGCUCAGAUAACAGAUCUCGAACGUAUCAACGAGGACCUGAAAGAGAAACUAGCGAAAACUGAGGCAAGGGCUGAAGAAGCGGAAUGCAAAUACAAAACGCUAGAAGAAGGCAAAAAGGAGCUCCAAGGCGAGUUGGAGAAGUUAGCAUCGCUUGAGAAACACUUGCGGGACUCGGAUCUUCAGCUAGAACAUGCAGUUGCAGCUGUUGAAGCAAGUAAAGAAAAGCAGAGCUUGUUAUACUCCACUGUUUCUGAUAUGGAGGAUGUGAUCGAGGAUCUGAAAUCGAAAGUUUCAAAGGCUGAAAACAGGGCUGACUAUACUGAAGAGAAGUUGAUCAUGGUAUCUGAGUCUAAUGCAGAGCUCAACGAUGAACUGAAAUUCUUCAAAGGUAGAUUGAAAGACAUGGAGAAAUACUUACAGCAAGCAGAAGAAAGAAAAUCGCGAACCGCUAAAGAUAUCGCUGUACAUAACAAGAUCAUGAAAAAACUGGUCAUGCAACUAGCUGCUGAACGAGAACGCCUUCAUAAACAGAUAACUAACUUGUCAAGAGAGAACUGUGUGUUGAUGGUGAAGUUGAAGAAGAUUGGAAAGACCGGUUAUGUAGAGAGUGGAAAUGGAAGUGAAGUUUCACCAAAGUCUGACCAUCAAGAAAGUAAACCUGAAGCCACCAUCACUUCACUAACUAAUAAUCUACAGGAAGAAGAAACAGAGUCAAGAGCAGAUAUUGGAAGUGUAAGGAGAUUGGAUGUUGGAGCUAUUGGGUUCAAGCAAAUUCUCGUUGCAAUCUUCGUGAUCUUAACGUCGUCAGUGGCUUAUUUUAUAUCCCAACAAAACAUCUAAGAGUCUUUAACUUUUUUUGAAGAAUCUCAUAGGCUCCAGUUUUGUUUCUCUGUUUGUCAUUAGUUUACAAUGACGGAUUAAAUUUUAGUUUUUUUUUUGGCUAAUCUUAAUUACAGAAAAUCUGCUACAAUAAGUCAAAACAUGCUUCUUGUUUUUAAAUAUCUUCAGUGUUAACUUAACCCCCCAACUCUGUAUUGAUUCUUUCAAUUACUACAAAUAAACUUCAAUGUCCAAUAUCAUAAGUAAGCUCAUCUGCACAUCUAAUACUUGAUCUGUGAAAUAUGAAUGAGAACAUCCAAAACCUGUUGCAUCACCGGUCGUCUCUUCUUGUCAUACGUGGUGCAACUUCGGAUGAGUGUGCACAACUGUAUCGCCGCAUUCACAGGAUAAUCGUUCCCAAGUCGGGGAUCGAUGAUUUCCCCAAUGAAGAAAGGUCUAGUCCAAUCAUCUAGGGUUUGCCUGUUGACACACUUUGCUAUAUCUUUCGAACCAGUUAAAAGCUCAAGCAAGAUCACACCAAAUGUGUAAACAUCGUUCAUUGCCAACUGAC